AUGACAGCGUUUUCAGGUUCUCCUUCAAAACCGAGCAAUAAUAAUUCUUUUUUAAGUCGUUAUGUGGAAAACUUGGGCACCGACGUGGCACCACCUUUGAAACCUCUAUCAAGUUCUAAACUUAAUUCUUCGUUAAAUUUAGCCUCGCCGAUUAACCUGAAAAGUAAGAUGUCAGUUAAGAGCUCGCAAUUCAUAUCACCAAAAGCAGAAAGUACCGUAUCAACGACCAAACCAUCUUUUCCUAACAAACUUGUAGGAAAAUAUACAGUAGAUUUAACCAAUUACUCGAAAAUAGAAUUGAAGUACUACGAAUUUUUAUGCAGAGUAUCUGAAGUUAAAAUAUGGAUUGAAGCUGUUACUGAGGAAAAUCUACCAUCAGAAAUAGAGUUAUGUGUUGGAGAUGCACUAAGGAAUGGUGUUUUCCUGGCUAAUCUAACGCAAAGAAUAAAUCCUGACUUGGCAACUACUAUAUUUCCUGGGGGGAAUAAACUACAAUUCAAACAUACUCAAAACAUAAAUGCAUUUUUCGGGUUAGUGGAACAUGUCGGUGUUCCAGAUUCUUUUAGAUUUGAAUUACAAGAUCUUUACAAUAAAAAGAAUCUCCCCCAGGUUUUUGAAACUUUACAUAUUCUUAUAUCAAUGAUUAAUAAAAAGUGGCCAGGAAAAACUCCCCCUUUAACGAAUGUAUCCGGCCAGAUUAGUUUUUCCAAAGAAGAAAUCGCCGCUUGCAAAAGGGCAUGGCCCAGAAUUAAAGAUUUCAAGUCCUUGGGGACCAAUAUCAAUACGGCUCCAGUUUCAACUGACGAAUCUAAAGGAAAACGAAGCGGUUUAAUUAAAGAUUUUAAUAAAUUUGAAAGGCCGAAUAUCCCAACUGAGGACGUGCUAGUCACCCCAAAAAAAAAGAUAGUUGAUGCUCAUAGUUACAAUUCUUUCAACUCCUGUUCACCUCAAGUUAAUGAGCCCCCAAAAUCAGCAACUGCAGAUGCCCCUAUCGAGAUAAAGAAGUUCACACCCAUUGAACCGAGUCUUUUGGGUUCUACUCCAUCUUUAGAAUAUAGCCCAAUUAAAAACAAAAGCCUUUCCUACUAUUCACCAACUAUCUCGAAAUAUUUGACAUAUGAUACUGAAUUCUAUACUAGAAGAAGUCGUGCGAGAGAGGAAGACUUGAAUUAUUAUCAAACUUUUAAAUAUUCACCCUCUCAUUAUUCUCCUAUGAGAAGAGAAAGGAUGACAGAAGAGCAAUUUUUGGAGAAAGUAGUGCAAUUACAAAAUAUCUGUCGUGGAGUUAACAUUCGUUUUAAUUUGUACAUUCAAAGAAGAUUAUUGAAUCUCUUUGAACAAGACGUAGUAAAUUUUCAAGCAUGCCUAAAAGGAUAUAUAUUUAGGCAAUUCUCUUCAAUUUGCCUCCCAAUCAGAAGAGCAGCUGUUGACGUCCCUCAUAUCAAGGCAGUACAGUCACGAAUCAAAGGUAGCAGAAUUCGAUACAGAUACGAUAAAUUGAGAUUCACAUUGUCAAGACAUACAUGUACUAUCGAAACUUUUCAAGCAUUUUGUCGUUCGAAAUUGCUGAAAAUGAACGUUAACAAAAAAUUAGAUGAUAUUGAUAUUUCUCAUCCAUCUUUGACCAAAUUUCAGUCUCAUAUACGUGCUUUUCAUGUAAGAAAAGAGGUUAAGGUCCUCAACUCAAUGUUAAAUAAUGAAAAAAAGAGUAUUAAAAAAUUAUCGGCAAUCAUUAGAGGAAAUGCUGUAAGAAGUUCAGAGGAAGCGAUAUUAACUGCUAUACAUGAUGGACAUAAAGAGGUAAUCUCAGAUUUGCAAAGUCAGAUUAGAGGAAAAUUUACGCGUUCAAGUCUAUCAUCAUUAAUAUAUUCACUUAGAAGAGAAAACUGUAAUAUCAUUCACCUAUCGGCCUGUCUGCGUGGCAAUGUUUUGAGACACAAAAUAAUGUCACUAUUUGGCCCUGAAGAUAAUAUUUAUGAGGUUGUACGUGACUUUCAGGCUUUAGUUAGAGGCGUCUUGGUUCGUUACACAUUAGAUUUAGUGGACGAUAUCGUCGAAUAUAAUAACUUGGAACUGUUUCAAGCAUUUUCUAAAGGUGCUUUGGUACGUCGAAAUUUAAACCAAAAAUCAAGUUUCUAUCAGAGAAACGUAAGAUCCAUUAUCAUAAUUCAAAGCUGGAUUAGAAAAAGUCUUCAAAAAUCUGCUUAUUUGGAACUUUUAGAUUGUCCAAAUCCAAGUCUAUGGGCCGUCAAAAAAUUCGUUCAUUUACUUAAUGGAACAUCAACUAUUGAAGAGGUCCAAAACCAGUUGGAGAGUUGCCAAGCCUCUCUUGACUCUGAGAAUAUGAAGAAGGAACGAUUGUUGAAAAACAUACGACAACAGCUAAAUAUGAACGCAGUGUUGGAGAAAUAUGGACUAUUGAGAGAUAAAGAUCACGAACUUGGUAUAUCCGACUCUAAGAUUCCUAAGUCGAAGUAUCCGAAAUAUGAAAAACUUUUUUAUAUGCUCCAAGUCGAUCCCUCAUAUUGGAAGUUAUUGUAUUCAAAAGAGCCUGAAUUUGUUGCAAAAAAUAUUUAUAUGACAUUUGGAACGGUAAACCAGAAAAUGAAUGAAAGAGAGAGGACUUAUUUUACGAGAUUUGUUUGUGAAAUGUUACAAGGUGCCAUUAAUGAUGCUUCAAGUAUUAAAAGUUUCCUUGAUAACCGAUUUCAAUUCUGGCAGACUAUUUUUCGAGAUUUUUUGAGAAGAGAAUCUCCAGAAUUCUUCUCCAUAGUAGUUCCGGUUCUAGACUACUUGACAGAUCCAACUGUCAAUUUCGAGAGUGAUCCGUAUAAAAUUUAUCAAGAGAUUCAUGGUUUUAGCUCACCUCAGCACUGUUCACCUGUGGAUGAUGCCAGCACCAAGAAAAAGUUUAUUGAAAAUUUGAGGUGUUUAUGGCACGCAAUUGAAAUGGUGGCCGAAAUUUAUACCAGAAAGGUUCACACUAUCCCAGUUGAAACUAGGUACCUUUGCACUAAAAUAUUUUGUUAUUCUGCUGAUAAGAAUGCUGAAGAGAUUGAUUCCUUGAGGUCCAUAUCAAGUAUCCUAGUGAACGUUUUUGUGUUUGAGUAUUUAGUCAAUAGGGAGUAUUACGGUUACAAAGAAAGGAACAUUCAAAACAAUAAUCGAAAAAUUGAGAUUUUGAUAAAUUCCUUGGGGACUGUUUUUGAAAUGAAGAACUUUGAUGGGUACUUCGAUCCAUUGAAUCAGUAUGCUAACGAAAUAAAGCCACACAUCAAAGAUAUUCUUUACAAUAUACUAGUAGAUCCAGAGUAUGAGCAGGAGGGAGAUAGAUUGAUUUACUUAGAUAUGGUGUCACCAAGUCCCAAAUUGGAGUUGUUGACCGAAAAAGUCUCGGAAAUUAGUAACAAAUUCGAGGAGUAUUUAGAUGAGUUUCCCGAAGCUGACAUUUUGCAUGAUAUCUUAGAAAAGGACUCUGAUACGUCACCCUUUCCAAAAUCAGGACGCAUUACUUUGGAAUUGGAUGCCUCAGUGUAUCGAUUUUUGGUUAGUGAUGACAAGAUGAGAAAAAUUUACGACCAGGUUAAGAGGGCAUUUGUAUACAUGAUGCAGAUCGAGGAUGUAGAUACCAAUUUGUAUGACCUUUCAAUUAGUACAGUACUCUCUCAAGAUGAGCCCAAUUUUGCAAAGCUUUUGAAAGAGAAUCCUAAAAUCAGAGAUGAUCCAAUGAUACAUAAACUAAAGCCAUUAGAAUAUUUUACGCUCAAGAAUGUUACUUUGAAAAAAAUCCAUGAACUAGAAAGCACAGGGACUUUUUCUUCUUCUGAUAAUAAGUUGCAAAACUUCUUGAACGAUAUUGCGAACACUAUCAAAAAUCCUAAUUAUGCAAUUGAUUAUGUUGCACAGGAAAUUUGCAUCACGAAAGAGACACUUACCACAAUUUCGGAAAUGAAUCAUAGCCUAGACACAGAAUUAUCAAGGCUGAAGAGACAUAUCGACCAUACGAUAAGAGAUUUUCAGAAAUCUAGAGACUUUUCACCGCUGCAUAAAAGUAAGUUUGGAAACUUUAAGAAUGCAGUGAAAAAAGUUCAGGGAAAAGAGCGUUCAGAAUUACAAGGAAUGAAAUUUAAAUGGAAUACAAAACAGUUAUACGAAAGAGGCGUGCUUAAGAGCAUCAGGGGUGAAAAAUUAGCUGAAUUGACUGUCAAAGUCUUCGGUUCAAGUGGUCCUAAAUUCCCAGAUAUAAUAUUUAGAAUCUCUACAUCUGAUGGUUCCAAAUUUGGUAUUCAAAUGAUUGAUAAAAGAAAAGGACCCGAUAAGCGAUACUCGGAUGAUGUUGAUUCGUUUUCAUUCAAGGACUUGAUGAAGACCCAAGUUGAGCCAAAAAUCGAGACAUGGAAAUUGUUCCAUUCAAACGUCACUGUUAACAAUGGUCAGUUAUUGCAUUUAAUUGUCAGUUUCUUUUAUAAAAGAGACUCUUUUUGA